CUUUUCCUCCAUUAUACGUCGAAAGAACAAUCAAGUAAUUAAUAACAACGUAAAUCAGGUAAACCAACUAUUGAAGAAAUAUUGCGAAAGCAAUAACAUAAGUUUUAUUUGCAACGACAAUAUUGACGAUAGUUUUCUCAAUAGAGGAGGUAUCCAUCUAAAUCGUCAGGGCGUAAUUAAGCUAGCUUCGAACUUUAGGAAUCAUAUUAAUAACCAUUGAUUUAAUCAAGUUGUCAGUGCAUUACCACAUUGUUCAUUUUCAAAGCUCUUCCAGACUAACGGUUUUAAAAUGGGAAUCUUAAAUAUAAAUAGUUUAAGAAAACAUAUCGAUGAGCUCAGAAUUGUUAUGUCCAAUGACAUCUUAGAUAUAUUAGCCAUUAACGAAACUAAACUAGAUAGUAAUGACUGUGAUUCUCAGUUUUCCAUCCCCGGAUACGCGCUGAUACGUCGAGAUAGGAAUAAACAKGGAGGUGGAGUUUGUUUUUAUAUUCGUGACUCAAUUAGUUUUCGUAGGAAAAAGAACCUAGAGGAUGAUGAAUUGGAAAUAAUAAUUAUUGAAAUUAGAAAGCCGAAUUCUAGUCCCUUUCUCGUAAUAACAUGGUAUCGACCUCCGAAACUACCUUUAGAUUUCUUUGAUAAAUUCGUAAACGUUCUUCAUAUUAUAGAAGAUAAAUACAAAGAAAUUUACAUUUUGGGGGAUUUAAAUUGUGAUCUACUUUCUAAUCCCCCCGAGUUGCAUACUUCACGGCUCAAUGAUAUAUUUGAUGAAUUUCAAUUGGAGCAAAUAAUCAACGAGCCAACUAGGGUUACGAAAAAGACAGAGUCCCUAAUCGACCAUGUAAUAUCAAAUUGUAAGAAUAAUAUUAUUCAGUCUGGAGUUUAUGCACUAUCUAUUAGUGACCAUUAUUUGGCUUUCGCCAUCAGGAAAAUUGGUAUCCCAAGAGGAAGACCUAAAAUUAUUGAAACGAGAAAUUUUAAAAAUUUUGUCUGUGAAGACUUUGAAAAUGACCUUAAAAACACUGUUUGGCCACUCUUCGACCAACUAAAAAACGUGGACGAAGCAUGGGCAAGCUGGAAAAAAAUCUUCUUAAAAACUAUUGAUAAGCACGCUCCCACUAGGUUGAUAAAAGUGCGCAACAAACCCUCUCCCUGGAUAAAUGCUAAUGUUAAACAG